UCCUGACCGAGUUCUGAUAGUACAGCAACAUCAAGGAUAUUCCUCUACAUUAGCAGUAAAUGGAUCCAGAAAUACAGUACGUCCUCGGGCUAAAAGCUGUCCGUGAACGAGCCCAUCGAGUCCUACAACUCGCGGAGGAAAAUCGCCUGAGCCACUUCGAGUACCAUCCCGAUCGCCUUCAGAUUACAGUACAAUACGUGAUAAAUAUCAUCAAGCGCCACUUUGGACCAGACAAAUACCACCUCAUCCCGCCUCAUGGCCGCUGGCAACACUUUGAAGUUGGGGGUAUCAAUCGCCCUGAGAAGUUACUGCAGCAGUGGAAGAGUAACGGGGCAGACACACUCGAGCAGACCCGUAGUCUACUGGACUUGUUCUUCGUCUCGGUGCUGCUUGACGCGGGAGCAGGCGACAAAUGGCGGUUCACCGAGCCAGGCACGGAUAUCGUUGUUGGUCGUAGUGAGGGGACCGCAUUAGCCUCGUACAAUAUGUUCGUCAACGGCGACUUUGCAACUGCUGACAGUGAGAGGAGGGAUAUCGUUAUGGGGCAGGCCCUUAAGGACUUUGACGCUGCAACCCUGGAGCGCGGCUUCCAGAUAGACGAGAAGACGAAUCCCCUCGUCGGAGCGUCUUCCCGCGUCGAACUACUACGGGGCCUGGGCCGGUCCAUCCUCAACCUACCAGAGAUAUUCGGGCCCGGAGGACGACCUGGCAACCUAGUCGACUAUCUCAUUUCUCAAUGCCCCACGCCAACAGAAAUCAACUACGAAACCUUCUGGAACACGCUACAAACCGUCCUGUUACCCGUGUGGCCCGCGUCCCGCACCCAUAUCGACGGCCACCCCCUCGGCGACGCAUGGCCCCUCCAAGUUCUCGCAGACGACGCCGAGCAAACCGCCCAAAAGUCAAAAUGCGCGCACAUCCAGCCCUUCCACAAACUCACGCAGUGGCUCGCCUACUCCCUGACCGUCCCUUUCGAGCGUCUGCUCGGCGUGAAAUGGGCAAACAUGGAUCUGGGCACCGGGCUCCCCGAGUACCGCAAUGGAGGCCUGUUCAUUGAUCUUGGGGUUCUAACCCUCAAGCCUGAUGCAGAAGAACGUGGUCGAGAUAAUUCUGGGUCGGGACUUCCGGCGUUUGAGGCGACGUCAGAUGAGAUUGUGGAGUGGCGGGCGAUGACGGUUGCGCUCUUGGAUAAGCUGCAUGCGCAAAUUAUGGACAGCGAGGAGUUCGCUGGGGUGAGGUUGAGUCUUGCGCAGGUUCUGGAAGCUGGGAGCUGGAAGGCUGGACGGGAAUUGGCGGCUGAGAAGAGGCCGGAGACUAGAUCGAGCCCGAUUUUGAUAUUGGGUGAUGGGACGCUGUUUUAGCGAUGCGAUUCUUACAUCGACUGGGGCGGUGGGGUAUCCCUGAAAUGGCUUUAUUGCCUUGCACUAUUAUGUCUCUCUCAAGCAGAGCCAUAACCCCCUUGCCCACAGGAAAACCCGAAAUAGAUAUACAGUCGUCUACCUCUUUCAAGGACUGGGUAAGUAAUCAAUACGUUUCAGCGCUCCGUUGACGGGAUAGAACCUAAGAACUAUGCUACCUAGAUACAGUAGGUGCAACUACAUCCAGAGAGACAAUGAAAGGUAGUAGGUAUUGGAC